AUGACAUUACAAUUCUUAGGAAGACAAAAGAAUAAGAAUGAUGAAAAAGUAAAGAUUGAUGAAACAUUAUUUAGAAGAGUUUGGAAUAACAAGGUAUUACAAAGAUUGAUAUGUUCAAAGAUUAAAGAUUAUCUAUCAACAAAAGAUCGUGCUGCGUUGAUUAGAUCGGGUGCUGCAAGUAACAUAGAGAUGUACAAGGCUGACAUAACACAAUUCAUUAGAAGCAAUUACGGUAGCCUCGUAGCAAUCUUUUAUUGUGAGUUUCUCACAGUCGAUCUCUUUAAAUUGCAUUUUGAUACCUAUUGCAAGGAAACAAGUAUUUCAGAAGUAAUGGAUGCCUUUUCACACAACAACCGACACAGUAGAGACACAUGGUUGUUUCGUAGGGUAAUCGAUAUCUUGAAAGACAGAGGUAUAAAACCCGAAUCAAUGUCAACCGUUAAUACUUGGCGACACGUGAUCGAAUCAAAUAAUGUAGAUUUGUACAACUAUGUAAAGUCGGUACUUCCAAUGCCCACUAGAGAGUCUAUCAAAAAAGAUUUGGUUCCACGAGCAGCCAUGCCAUAUAGUUGGAAUAAAACUAUCUAUCCAUUGACUGGCACUGAUGUGUUGGCUGAACUACUCCAAGAUCUCAUCGACUUGGACCCAACAGAGAAUUGGUUAGAGUGUGUAGAUUUCUCGUAUUUGGCACUGAUGGAAAAAGUAGAUAUCCUCGAGACUAUAGCGAUGUAUGCAAUGCCGUGUAUCCCCUAUCUUGCAAAACCUUAUUCCCAAUAUAGCCUUGGUCGUCAACUCAAUGAACGGACAAUGAUGCUGGUCAUCCAAAGAAAACGAAUCGAAUCUAUUAAGUGUCUCUACAAAUCCUUCAAGAUUCCAUUGAGUCACAAGGCCCUAAUGGCAGCAGCUCGUACCUGUGACCUCCCAUUCAUCAUUGCAUUGAAUAAUAUCGAGCCUGCAGCAGGUCGUCUAUACACUAUCUUUCUUCUUGCUAUUAGCUCCAAAUUCAAUGUAUAUCUCCAUGCAGAUGAUUUUAGAUGCGAAAACUUUAGAGAAGCAUUCAUCAAUCAUGUUAAACCCCUUAAUUACAUUCACAAGAGACUGCAACGACAAAUCAACAACAAUUAUGUUGAUUUAAGGCAGUGGCCAAGGCUCGAUUACCAACCAACAUAUAUCCAACAACAUUUUGCAAUGUUUCAACAACAAUCUAGUGAUGACACCAACAUUCCAUUAUUAUCAUUUGAUGAUAUAUAA